AUGGACUCUCUUCCGCAGCACAAUGGCCCUCCAUCGGGCACGGGAAUUGACAACAUCGUGGAGAUCUGGCAUCUCUACCGAAGUCCCAUUAUCCUCGCCGUUCUCGCUGUGCUCAUAUGCGCUCGCGUCUAUAUCCAUGCCACAGAAUCAAAAGGCGAAUUGGUAGCUCUACCUCGAGCAUAUGCCGCGCCACCUGAAGCGGCCCCGGUCACCGAGCCAAAGCCUGCGCGACCGGACGAGAAGAAGCCCACGAAGUCCAAUGGCCCAAGGAGAAUCAAGGGUGGCAUGGUUAAACGACCUUCUCAGAACGACGACGACGUAACCGUAUCGGACAAGCCCGUCAAGACGCUGGUGUUCUACUCAUCCGUCACGACCAAGACGCACAAAAUCGCCGAAGCCUACAUCGAAAAGCUAGCCACUUCCUUCGAGGCGCUGACCAAAUCGACUGGUCGCCAGUUCCUGCAAGCCGAACUUCUCAAUCUCGAAGACAUUGAGUUCGACGACUACUUUGUCUCACUACCAUCUUUCGAUGGCGAGCCGGAUGUCUUCUACCUUUUCCUGAUCCCGAGCUACAAUAUCGAUACGAUUACCGACACAUUUCUGCAACAUCUCGACGAGACCCACCAUGAUUUCCGAAUCGACACAGGCUCUCUGUCGUCCAUACUGGGAUACUCGGUGUUUGGAUUUGGCGACAGCGAGGGCUGGCCCACUGAGAAGGAGGGAUUCUGCUUCCAGGCCAAAGAAAUCGACAAGUGGAUGGCGAAGUUGACCGGACGCAGAAGGGCUUACCCCGUCGGUAUGGGCGACAUGAAGGGCGAUCACGCCGCGAGGCUCUCGGAAUGGUCUGCUGGUGUUCUAGACGUACUGGAACACGUGGCCAAGACUGGUAAUCUGGGAGAAGGCCUCCCGGGCAGUGGAGACGCGGAAGAGAGUGACCCCGAGGAUGUGGCAGAGGACGACGAUGGCGAGGUCGUGAUUGGCGAUGAAGGCGACAGCACGCAGACUGGUGAUUUGGGCGAUGUCGAGGAUCUGGGCAAGCUGGUGCGAUCAUCUGACAGUGACAAGUCUCGCCCCAGCAAAGGUGCUAUCCCGGUCGACUUCACAUCGUAUGGGGCCAAGAAAAGUAAGCCGGUGCCCGCAGGGCCCAAGGAAAUGGUUGCCAAGAACUCGCCGACUUACGCCGCGCUCACGAAGCAAGGAUAUGCCAUUGUCGGCUCGCAUUCAGGAGUCAAGAUUUGUCGAUGGACAAAGUCCGCUCUGCGCGGACGCGGGAGUUGCUACAAGUAUUCUCUCUACGGCAUCAAUUCGCACCAGUGCAUGGAGACCACGCCAUCGCUCUCAUGCUCGAACAAGUGUGUCUUUUGCUGGCGAGGCGGGACGAACCCCGUCGGUACCACCUGGCGAUGGGUAGUCGAUCCCCCGGAUCUGAUUUUCAACGGCGUGAAGGAGAAUCACUACAAGAAGAUCAGGAUGAUCCGAGGCAUGCCUGGCGUCCGGGCGGAAAGAUACAACGAAGCCCUCAGGAUCAGACACUGUGCCCUGUCCUUGGUCGGUGAGCCGAUAUUCUACCCGUACAUCAACCAGUUCCUUGCGAUGCUGCACAAUGAGAGGAUCUCCUCGUUCCUCGUGUGCAAUGCGCAACACCCAGAGCAGCUGGCAGCCCUGAAGGCCGUUACACAGCUGUACGUUUCGAUCGACGCCUCCAACAAGGACUCCCUGCGCAAGAUCGAUCGGCCCUUGCACCGAGACUUUUGGGAACGAUUCAUGCAAUGCCUCGACAUCCUGCGCGAGAAGCGAUUCCGCCAUCGAACCGUCUACCGCUUGACCCUGGUCAAGGGCUUCAAUGUGGAAGAGGAAGCGGAAGGGUAUGCGAAACUUGUCGAGCGUGGCCUGCCCUGCUUCGUCGAGGUCAAGGGUGUGACAUAUUGCGGGACACCCACGUCUUCCAACGCGGGACUGACCAUGGGCAACGUGCCGUGGUACUGGGAGGUGUGCGACUUUGUGCGUGCCCUCGAGAAACACCUCAAGGCCAGGGGGUUGAACUAUGGCAUCGCCGCGGAGCACGCGCACAGCUGCUGCAUCCUGCUGGCCAGCGACCGGUUCAACGUCAAUGGGAAGUGGCACACGCACAUUGACUAUGAAAAGUUCUUCCAGCUGCUCGAGGAGAAGGGCGUAGACGGAGACUGGGCCCCUGAGGAUUACAUGGGACCACCGACCCCUGAAUGGGCGCUCUGGGGCAACGGCGGCUUCGACCCGCGCGACGAUCGUGUAGACAGAAAAGGGCGGAAGAUUGACCGUGUGAUUGUACGUGAUCGUCCGGAGGAGGUGGAGGUGUAA